CCUGUGGGGCUGGGUGGAGCUACCGCGCAGGCUGGCUGGCUGCUAAAGGCUGCUCAGUGCUUCUGAGAGGGCAGGACAGAGGCUGACAUGGAGCAGGGGAAGGGUCUCGUUGGCCUCUUUCUGGUUAUCAUUCUUCUUCAAGAUACUGUGGCCCAAAGCAAACAAGGAAAACCUUCAGUAAAAGUAGAUACCAAUCAAGAAGAUGGUUCGGUACUUCUGAUUUGUGACUCAACUGAGAAGAAUAUCAGAUGGUUUAAGGAUGGAAAGGAAAUCAACACCCUAAAUUCAACUAAAAAUACGUGGAAUCUAGGAAGCAGUAUGAAGGAUCCUCAAGGGAUGUAUCAGUGUCAAGAAUCAGGGGUCAAUUCACUACCACUCCAAGUGUAUUAUAGAAUGUGUCAGAACUGCAUUGAACUGAAUGCAUCCUCUGUAUCUGGCUUUAUCUUUGCUGAAAUCAUCAGCAUUUUAUUCCUUGCUGUUGGGGUCUACUUCAUUGCUGGGCAGGAUGGAGUUCGUCAGUCAAGAGCUUCAGACAAGCAGACUCUAUUGCCCAAUGACCAACUCUACCAGCCCCUCAAAGAUCGGGAGGAUGACCAAUACAGCCAUAUUCAAGGAAACCAACUGAGGAAGAAUUGAGCUCAGGACUCACAGUAGGCAUUCUCCUUUCUAUCCAGCUGGCAGUAUCAUUUGGAGAGCUCUAAAUCUAGACUCAAGAUUCCCAGAGAUGACAUAUGGAAAAGAGAGGCCAUCAGAGAAAAACUUGGGCUAGUCGUAAAAUGUAAAAAUAGAGAAACUUGCAAAAAAUGUGUGAUGUGCAGGAGCGCCACCUAUCGGGAGAUUUUUCAGUUAAGGAAAAAUGACAAGAUCAAAUAAUCCCAUCUAUUUGCAUAGAAUUUUUAAUUUAGUUCUUGCAUAGAUCAUAAUUCACACGGUUCAAAACAUGUAAUAAAGUCUCCUUCCACCCAGCCAACCAGAGGUAUUAUAGGCAUAUACAAGCAAAUUCUUAAAUCCAUAUUAUUUCUCCCUCCCCCAUUUUUUACACCAAUGGUUUGUUACUAUGUAUCUUGCACUUUUCAUCUAGUAAAACCUGAUGCACCAGUAUUUAAAGAGCUCCCUUUUUUCUUCUGCAAUCAUACUGGACAGAUAUACUAUAAUUUAUUUAACCAGUCUACUAUUGGACAUUUAAGUUGGUCCCAAUCCUUUGCUCUUUCAACAAUGUUCCCAUGACUAACAUUGUAUAGAUGACAUUUAAAAAACAAUUUUAUUGAAGCAUAAUUUACUUACCAUAAAAUCUACCCAUUUAAAGUGAUUUCACCUGUUUUCAAUGAUUUUUAGUACAUACACCCAAUUGUACAACCAUCCCCAUAUUCCAGUUUUAGAACAUUUCCAUCAUCCCCUUAAGAUUCCUUAAAAGGGGUGAUGGACACUCUCUGUUUCCACCCCAAUCUCAGGCAACCACUAAUCUAUUUUCUGUCUCUUUAGAUUUGCCUUUUCUGGACAUUUUAUAUAAAUGGAAUCAUACAAUAUGUUGUCUUUUUGUAUCUUCUUCUUUCACUUAGCAUAAUGUUUUCAGGGUUCAUCAAUGUUGUAGCAUGUAUCAGUACUUCAUUCCUUUUUAUUGCUGAAGAGGAUUCCAUUUUAUGGCUAUUGACAUUUUGUUAAUCCAUUCAACAAUCAAUAGAUAUUUAGGCUGUUCCCACUUUGGGGCUAUUAUGACUAAUGUUGCUAUGAACAUUUUCAUGAAAGUCUUUGUGUGCACAUAUAUUUUCAUUUCCCUGGGGGUAGAUACUUAGAAGUGAAGAAUUUCUGGAUCAUGUGGUAAAUUUAACUUUUUAAGAAACUUAGAAAACUGUUUUCUAAGGUGACUGUGCUGUUUUACAUUGCCACAAGCAAUGUACAAAGGUUCACACUUCUCCACAUCCUCACCAAGAUUUGUAACUGUAUUUUUUAUUACAACCAUUCUAUUGGUUGUAAAAUGGUAUCUCAUUGUGGUUUUAAUUUGCAUUUUCCUAAUGACUAAUGAUGAACAUAUUUUCAUAUGCUUGUUAGUCAUUCAUGUAUCUUCUCUGGUGAAAUGUCUAUUCAAAUCUUUUGACCAUUUUUUAAUUGGGUUGUUUGUCUUACUAUUAUUGAGUUGUAAGAAUUUAUAUAUUCUGAAAACAAGUCCUUUAUCACAUAUAUGACUUGCAAAUAUUUUCUCCCAGUCUGUGGCUUUUCUGUCCAUUUUCUUAAUGAUAUCUUUUGAAGUACAAAAGUUUAGAAUUUUGAUGAAGAUGAUCAUAUGAAUUUUUUUUAAUGGCUUGUGCUUUUGGUGUCGCAUAUAAGAAAUCCUUGCCGAAUCCAAGGUAACAAAGAUUUUCUCCUACAUCUAAAAGUUUUAUAGUUUUAGAUCUAACAAUAAAUGUCAUUUUGAACAUGUUUAAGAUUAAUUGCAACAUAAAUACAAAUAAAUUUAUUUGCUAGGCCAUAAUGUAUCUGUGCUUGUGAUUUUUAAAAUACUGCCAAAUUGCACUUCAUAGAGGUGGUACCAAUAUAUACCACAGCCAGCAAUAUAGAGUGCCUGUUACUACAUGAUCUUUCCAACAAUGUAUUAAACUUUUGAACUUUGCCAGUCUAAUAAGUUAAAAAUGGCAUCUCACUGUAUUUUUUUUAAUUGUGAUAAAAUGCACUAAUAAAAAAUUUACCAUUUUAACCAUU